AUGGCUCGAAACAUCGAAGAGAAGCCCGAGAUAGCGCCAGCCAACGCUGUCGCAGAGGUCUCACUGCCCGAUCUCGAGACGGGGAACAAUGGAGAAAAGGUCGAAGGUCUCGAGAGGGUAGAAUCAGCUCGGUCCAACGUUAUGGAAGAAUUGGCCAAGGGUGAACGUGUAUCUUAUGAUGAUCUACCGAUUAUUGAAGUGUCUGAGGAAGAGAAUAAAAGGGUUUUAAGAAAGCUCGACAUGGUGCUGUUGCCCUUGACCAUGACUGCGUACACCUUACAAUAUAUAGAUAGAAGUGCCAUGAGUUAUGCAGCAGUCUUCACCUUCCGAAAGGAUCUCAAACUUACAUCAGACGAGUACUCAUGGCUCGGAUCGUUAUUUUUCUUCGGAUACCUUUUCUUCGAAUUCCCCGGAUCUUACCUGCUACAACGACUACCUUUGAAUAAGACGAUGGGAACAUGUAUUUUGGUCUGGGGAGGGCUGUUGAUGUGCAUGGCAACACCAAAUAGCUUCGGGCCAGCGGCAGCCAUUAGGACACUCCUGGGCUGUGCCGAAGCUCUCGUCACCCCUGGAUUUGUUUUACUCAUUUCGAGAUUUUACAAGCGAACCGAACAACCGUUGCGGGUCGGAUUAUGGUAUUGUUGUAAUGGAGUUGGAAGUUUCUGUGGUGCCCUCGUCUCAUACGGUAUGGGUCACGUCCACGUUGCGUCUGUCAGACCGUGGGCUUGGAUCUUCAUCGUCAAUGGAGGGGUCACAGUCAUUUUCGCUAUCGCUUUCCUCAUUCUGUGUCCGGAGAACCCGCAAACUUGUCGAUUUCUCAAUGCCCAUGAGAAGAGGAUCGCGCUCGAGCGAGUAAGAGGAAAUAAAUCGUCUCUGGGAAGCAAAGAGAUAAAGUGGUAUCAGGUCAAGGAAGCCUUGUUCCCCUGGAUCGACCCCCAAGGAUGGAUUCUUUUCAUUAUUGUUUUCGUUAUUGCAGUCCCCAAUGGUGGUAUUGGAAACUUCCUGCAUUUAAUCCUCCAAUCGUACGGGUAUACUGCCUUCCAAACUAUCCUAAUCGGUCUGCCUCAAGCCGCCAUGCAGGUUGUGUUCCCUCUCAGUGGUGCUUAUAUUGCUCGAAAAGUUCCUGGAGCAAGGUUGUACGUGCUUAUGGCAUACAUGCUCCCAAGUCUGGUCGGGGUCAUCAUUCAAUACAAAACUAGAAACAGUGGUGCUUUAUUGUUCGGAUACUAUAUACUCGGUUCCUACGUAGCAUCUCUAGGUAUCUGCUUUGCUGGACCUGGAGCCAACGUCGUUGGAUACACGAAACGAGUGGUAGUAGGAGCAAUGGUUUUUGUUGCCUACGCCACUGGAAACAUUGUCGGACCUCAUUUCUUCGUCUCGACUGAAACUCCAGCUUACAGAAGUGGAAUGUUUGCUUGUAUAAUAUGUUUCACCAUCACCAUUCCCAUGGCUUUCUUGCUAAGAUUGUACUACGCUAGAGAGAACAGAAGACGUGACAAGCUGGCCGAAGAAAGCGGCGACCCUACGUAUGACGAGAAUAGAGGUGACUUCAGUGAUAGAACUGAUAUAGAAAAUUUGAGCUUCCGAUAUGCCUUAUAA